GUUUUUUUGUUUGUUUGUUUGUUUGGUUUUUUGGGUUUUUUUUUUGUGGUGGUGGUGGGGGAACGGGGACCGACCGUCACUCGGGCGCCCCCGCCUCGCAGGACUCCCCCUCGCCCAUGGCCAGCGGCAGCCCCGCCAGGAUGUCCAGCGCCGCCGGGCAGCCGCCCUUCCUGCAGCCGGCGUGCUUCUUCGCCGCGGCGGUGGCCGCCGCCGCCGCCCCUCCGGGGCCGCCUCCGGGAGCGCCACCGCCGCAGCUGAGCCCGGCGGGCGGGCAGCCCUCCCCGGGCGGCAAGCCCUCGGCGCCGCGGGCGGCCAAGCGGCAGCGCUCGGCCUCGCCGGAGCUGAUGCGCUGCAAGAGGAGGCUCAACUUCAGCGGCUUCGGGUACAGCCUGCCGCAGCAGCAGCCGGCCGCCGUGGCGCGGCGCAACGAGCGGGAGCGCAACCGGGUGAAGCUAGUGAACCUGGGCUUCGCCACGCUGCGGGAGCACGUCCCCAACGGCGCUGCCAACAAGAAGAUGAGCAAGGUGGAGACGCUCCGCUCCGCCGUCGAGUACAUCCGCGCCCUGCAGCAGCUGCUCGACGAGCAUGACGCCGUCAGCGCCGCCUUCCAGGCAGGCGUCCUCUCGCCCACCAUCUCGCCCAGCUACUCCCACGACAUGAACUCCAUGGCGGGCUCCCCCGUCUCCUCCUACUCCUCCGACGAGGGCUCCUACGACCCGCUCAGCCCCGAGGAGCAGGAGCUUCUCGACUUCACAAGCUGGUUCUGAAGGCCGGCCGCCCUCCCGGCAGGACAGUUGCAAAAGGGAAAAGAAACAAACAAACAAAAACCAAAAAAAAAACAACCGCCCACACAAAAACAGGUCACACACAGAAAGACAGAAAUCCACGCAGAAAAAGAACCUGUUGCGUUCCAGCUCCCCUGCCGUCGGAGGGCGGUGCGGGCACGUCUCUCGGCGGGCGGGCACAGCGCUGCGCGCCGCGGGGGCGGUCGGGGCGGUCGGCCCCGGCCCCGGAGACCGGCCGGCCUUUGCACUCCGUCGCACUGCCACGGACUGCGCCCCGGAGGAGCGGGUGUGUCCGGCGGGGGAGCCCCGGGAAGCGGGAAAGGGCGCUGCGCUCCUCGGCCGGCGGAGGAGCUCUUCCUCUUCUUCCUCCUCCUCAGCAGAGAGGCGGCCCAUCUUCGCACCUCGCCGCCGCCGCGGCCCUUCAGACACUGGCGUUCAUCACCUGUGGACAAAGUUAGUUUCCCGAUGUCUGUGGAGAUGCUGAAGUUAAGCUAUGCUGUACUCAAAGAAGUCCCUGGAUCCCCGUCAACCCCCCAUCUCCCCGUGCCUCUCCCUCCCCUCGAUCCAAGCUUUUCCUCUCGUUUCCAUCAUAGAAUGCUUCCAAUCUUUUUUUUUUGUGAAUUUUUUUAUGAUGAGAAAAUCUAUUUGUAUCUAUCCUAACCCGGUUGGGGAUAUAUUAAGCUAUUUUUGUACAUAAGAGAGAGAGAGAUUUAUAGAGGUUUUGUACAAAUGGUUUAAAAUGUGUAUAUCUUGAUACUUUUUUUAAUAUGUAAUGCUUAUUACCUCCUCAUGUUUAGACUCGUAGUCAACGUUACCUUACAAUUGCCAUUUUUGUAUGUGGUUUUGUAAAGGACUUGGAUUUCCUCCAGAUGUACUUUAGCACCAAUGUGUCUUACUUUAUAGGAACUUCGUUAAUGUAUUAAUAAUGUCAUUAAACAAUGUUCAAAGUGAACAAAGUUUAUGCAGCUAUUGUCCAAACGCAAAACGGUAGCUAUUUGUUUUCAUAUGCUGCCUUUUGGGAGAAAAAGGAAAAAAAAGGAAAAAAAAAAAGAAAAACCAGACAAACAACCCCCCCCCACACACACCACUGCCUUUUCUUACUGUUUUAUUACAAACUUACAAAGGUCCUGUAUAACCCUAUUUUAUACAAUCUAGUUUCAUAAUAAAACUUUUUUUUAAUUAAAAUGAUCAGCUGCCUACCGCAUGCAAUUUUUUUUUUCUUUCUGCCAUUGGCAACGAUGAAUGUAAGGACAGAAUGUUAACCGAUGUUAUACCGGAGCUAAGUUGCAUAUGAAGUGUUUGUAUCUGAUGGAUGUAACAUAUAUAUCUUUAUAUAAAAAUGCAAAGA